AUGGCAUCAACAGCGGACCCGGCGAAGAACACAAAUACCGUAGAAGCGGCCGACGAGACCACACCUCUUCUUGGGGCUCCAGAAUCAGCAGUGGACAGCCAUGGCACCAAUAAUGGCGAAUUUCCAACCAAAGGAACCUCGGAGACCGACAACGAAGAGGAACGCAUGCCAUAUGCUCAGAUAUUCCUGUUAUGCUACGCUUCCAUAGCCGAACCUGUGGCCUACUUUGGAAUCUUUCCUUUCAUCAAUGAAAUGAUCGAGAGGAAUGGCCAUCUGGACGAGGAGAACGUGGGCUUCUGGAGUGGCAUGAUAGAGUCACUUUUCUCCCUAGUGCAGAUGGUGCUCAUGAUCUUCUACGGACGGCUUGCGGACCGGCUUGGGCGCAAACCGAUCUUGGUCUGGUCACUUGCUGGUGUCAGUGUAACAACAGCUCUUUUUGGCCUGAGUAGGACUCUGUGGCAAAUGAUUCUACUGCGAUGUCUUGCUGGCACAUUUGCAGGGUCUGUUGUCACCAUGCGCACCAUGAUCAGCGAGAACACCACGAAGGCUAGUCAAGGCCGUGCGUUUUCCUGGUACAUGUUUGCCAGAAACCUUGGAAUCUUCAUUGGACCUCUCAUAGGCGGCGGUCUGGCUGAUCCUGCGGAGCAAUUUCCAAAUUUUUUUGGCGAUGUCCAGUUCUUCAUUGACUAUCCGUACGCCUUGUCUACAUUUUGCGCCGGUGCUAUCUGCUUGACUGGCACUAUGACGAGUCUACUGUUCAUCAAGGAGACUCUCAAACGCAAAGAUUUCGCUUCUGGACAACCUGAGCCUCCGAUGUCCACAUGGGCGAUUCUGAACUCUCCUGGAGUACCCAUCAUUCUAUACACCUUUGGUCACGUCAUGCUACUCGGACUUGCAUACACUGCCGUUGCACCUGUUUUCCAAUUCACGUCGGUUGAGAAGGGCGGCUUUGCCUUUCCCCCUUACCUCAUCUCGUACUUCAUUGCAAUAGGUGGUGCAUCGCAAGCUCUAUGGAUGAUACUGGCUUUUCCCGGUCUGCAGAGACGAUUUGGUACUGGGUCCGUUCUGAGGGGAACCGCUGCUGCAUGGCCAUUUUUCAUGGGAUUGUAUCCGAUUCUGAAUGAAUUUCUCCGAAAUGGCUGGAAUGCGGCUUUCUGGAUUGUUUCAAUCACUGGCGUCGUCCUAGGCUCUGGAGUAGCGAUGGGAUUUACAUGUGUGCAGCUCUGCCUCAAUGACAUCGCGCCCUCGCAUACUGUCCUUGCUACCCUGAACGCUUUGGCACUCACCGUGAACUCUGGGAUCAGAGCGGUUGCCCCGGCUCUCUUCACCAGCAUUUAUGCCUUUGGCGUGAAGAUCCAGUGGGCCGACGGGCAUCUGUGCUGGUUCAUUCUGAUUGCGCUUGCCGCAGCUCUGAACAUUCCUUUGCGCUUUCUACCCGAAGCUGCUGAAGGACGACCAGACCAGCAGAAAGCAGACAAAAAGUCAACUAGUGCGACGGAAGACCAAGAGACAACACCUGGGAUUCGAAACACUUGA